AUGGAAAAGUGGAAAGGAAAAGUUGCUGUGGUAACAGGCGCCUCUUCUGGGAUCGGAGAGGAGACUUGCCGACAACUGGUUGAAAAGGGUAUGAUUGUUGUUGGUUUUGCGAGAAGAGAACAUAAACUACAGGAAUUACAAGAGAAUUUAAAAGGAAAACCGGGUACAUUUUAUUACUUCAAAGUUGAUUUGUGUUCAGAAGAAAACAUUUUAGAAGCUUUUAAUUGGGUAAAGACAACGUUGAAAGCGGUUGAUGUUCUAGUUAAUAAUGCAGGUGUUUGGAAGCAAAGUGACUUAUUAGGAAAUACAAAUGAUUGGAAACAUAUGUUCGACACAAAUGUCAUAGGUCUUAGCGUCUGUACUAGAGAGGCCAUAAAAAUCAUGGAAGAAUUAAAAAUCAAUGAGGGCCAUAUAAUAAAUAUUAACAGUGUUGUAGGUCAUUACCAAUUUCCAUAUAUGAAGGAUAUUUCAGUUUAUGCCGCUACCAAACAAAGUAUUACUUCAAUCACAGACAAUUUAAGAGAAUUGAUGGGCAUGAAAGAGUUACCCAUCAGAGUCACGAGCAUCAGUCCGGGUGGAGUGGAAACUGAAAUGACUGUAGAGUUCAGCAAAUUGGAAGGAGUGAAUUUGUUGAAAUCUAUUGACAUUGCUGAAGCUAUUAUGUACGCUUUGAGUGCGCCGCAACGUGUUAACGUUGCUGAAAUAAUCAUAAGGCCAACAAGUGAAAAUACACUAGGUUUUCUUAAGAAUCUUGUAUAGAUAUCAUCAAUUAGGAUAUUACAGAUCCAUACCUCAAGUUUUUGAUGUAGAUACCAUCAUAUUAUGUGACGAGAAACUAAUGCUGCUCUACGCGGACAAAGCCGACUACAACAUUACGAAAUACUCUCGCCAACAUACGAUUCGUCCCAAGUAGUAAGUACUAUCCAUUCAAUUCUACCACUCAAUCAAAGAUCAUAUCAGAAAAUAAGUCACCCUGAGUCAUAAUUUUUUGAUUAUGACUUAUAUUAUAUUCGUUCAUUUUAUUGUCAGCCUGCAAGGCACUAAACAAUUAUUUAAAAAAAUUUUGUGAACUUCUAAUAAUAUUUGUUGAAAUAAGUAGAACGUGACCAAAUUUGACAACCACUAAGAGCGUCGUUAAUUUCAUUAUAAUUAGUAUAAAUGAUUACUGAACUUUAGGCUCAGAGAUAAAAAGCAAAUGCUUAGUCUUAUUCUUAAUACUCAAUCAUAAUUUAUUUCGAUCUACAACGAUUCUAGGGCAACUUAAUAUACUCGUAAAGAUAAUAACAAAGCAAAAUCCUCAUAUUAAACAAAAUAAUAAAAAAUAAAAAUCGUCUUAAGGGGAGGGACAAAUUCUCCUAUUGCCCCCCUACAAAUACGCCUCUGGAGUAGUUGAGUCUCCGUCAUCACAUUUUGCUUACCUCUAUUCGGCUCGUCUGCCGAAAUAAUUGAUGAAUGAGGUAAAGAAAAAACUAUACAUGUGGUGGCAUGAAAUACAGGUACCUAUAUAAUCAACUAUUUUAUCGUUUUUCCCACCUUAAUUUUAUAAAAAUAUUGUAAAAACAUAUAGGUGUUAUUUUUAAUAAUUCACUUGACUAAUAUUUAUUAUUUCAAACCAUCUAUACUCUACUGAACGUAACAAUACGGAAAUUGAAGAUAAAUCAUGAUGG